AUGAAUAAGCAAAGGUUGAAGAGACAGAUAGGGUUGUUACAACCUACAGACUUACAGGGUCAAGUUAAGAUUUCUCAAUUUGAAAAACUCAUUGAGAAUUUAACCCUGUAUCAUUCGACUAAGUACAUAAAAUAUUACAAUCAUCCGUACAAGAUCAAUUGUCUGGCACUCAAUAACGACAAGACUUCUUUUCUAGCUGGGAAUAAUAACGGUACUGUUUCACUAUGGAACCUGGAUAACACACUUUCAACUUCACAUAUUUUAAAUAACAAACUAGCGAGGACAUCGACAAAACCACAUUCUCAUCUCUUCGGGAUAAACGACAUGAAAUGGUACUCCAUAGAUGAUGGGAUGUUCUUCACCUGUGGUAACGAUAAGUUUGUAAAGCUCUGGGAUACGAACAAGUUCAUCAAUGUGCAAGAUUUAGAAUUCAAUUCCAAUUUGUUUCAAAUGGAUACGGCAAAUCAAUUCAUUCUCGUUACACUGGAUGAUUACUACCCGCGGUUGAUAGAUUUGAGGAAUAUGAAUCUGGGUAUAACUAUUUUUGGCAAACAUUUAAAUUCCAAGACUCUAUGUUGUAAGAUUAAUCCCGUGAGAGAUAAUCUGAUUGCCAGUUCUGAUAACGAUGGAAUGAUCAGAAUCUGGGACGUAAGAAUGAACUAUAGAUCUAUCGAAGAGUGGAAGGCACACUCCAGAUCUAUCAACGAUAUGGUUUGGAAUGAUAACGGUACAAAAUUGAUCUCGACAGGUGUAGAUGGUAAGAUACAAAUUUGGAGAGAGCCGUUCAAUGAAACUCAGGGACAGCUUAUAGGGGAUAUCAAUAUUACGAGGAACAGAUUUCUCAAGAGGACCUCCCAGAGAAUGAUCUGGCUUAAUGACAAAUAUUUGAUUUACAACACCGAUUUAAACGAAAUACAUAUCUACGACACAGUCGAAAACAAGUUCUACAACAGAAUUGAGUUCCCCCGAGACAUUAACACCAAUGGCCAAUUCAUGGGCAUGUGCCUCCAAGAUGACCUCACCAACGGAAUGGGCAUCAGGCUCAUCACCGGAGCCAACGUCAGCUCCAUUAAUAACGACAGCUUUAUUCUCGAAUACAAGCUACCUUGA